AUGGCCCCGGCUCCCAUUGACCCACGCAUCACCGAUGUUGCAGUGCCGCGGAAGGACUCCCUCAGUCUUCCCGACUCUGCCCGGGAACGUCUAGAGAGAGCGGGGAUUGAUCUCAGCGAAGGCUACCCAUAUCGGCCAUCUCGUCCUCUUUACCUUGACGACGUGUAUAGCGUGCGGGACUAUGAUCGCCCUCAUAUUGAUCCCGGCAGCCGAGCCGACCCAGAAAAGAAAGCUCUUCUGUCGGCGGCCACAAAGGUGAUCCCAUUGACUAGACACAUUGGAACAGAGAUUAUCGGGUUGCAGUUAAAGGACCUGACGGAUCAACAAAAGGAUGAGCUAGGGUUGCUGAUCGCCGAGCGGAGUGUUGUCUUCUUCCGGGACCAGGAUAUCACCCCUCAGCAACAGAAAGAAUUGGGUGAGUGGUAUGGCGAGGUCGAAAUCCAUCCUCAAGUUCCCCAGAUCCCCGGUGUGCCCGGCGUAAGCGUGAUGUGGCCAGCAUUACAAGCAUCAGAGAGCCCGGCCAGCUUCCGUCGUCCGGGAGGGGCCUCACGCUGGCAUAGCGAUCUUGUGCAUGAGCGGCAGCCCGCGGGGGUGACCCAUUUACACAACGAUACCGUUCCCACGGUUGGAGGUGACACCCUCUGGGCAAGUGGCUACGCCGCAUACGAGAAGCUGUCCCCGCUCUUCCGUACAUUGAUUGAUGGCCGAACUGCCAUAUACCGCUCCGCCCAUCCGUACCUCGACCGAGAGAACCCAGAAGCGGGGCCAAAGUAUGUAGAGCGCGAGCAUCCCAUCGUGCGCGUACAUCCCGCAACAGGCUGGAAGGCACUCUGGGUGAACCGGGCGAUGACGGUCCGCAUUGUUGGCCUUGAUAAAGCCGAGAGCGAUGUGAUUUUGGGGUACCUAUAUGAUGUGUAUGAGCAGAACCCCGAUAUUCAGGUUCGGUUCAAAUGGACCCCUCGGACCAGUGCCUUGUGGGAUAACCGAGUCACCAUCCACAAUGCCAGUUGGGACUACGAGGGUUCUCAGCCCCGGCAUGGCACACGAGUGACUUCGUUGGCCGAAAAGCCGGUGUUCAACCCCGAUGCACCUACUCGGCGAGAGAGGCUAGGACUUCUGGGUCCAGAGGAGGUCCAAGAGCUGGAACAGUUGGCUAGUCACCUGAAGCUCAAGUAA